AGGAAAGGAGACCGUUCCUCGCCUCUGAGUGCAAUGAGCUGCCCAAAGCCGAGAAGUGGAGACGACAGAUAAUUGGGGAAAUAUCAAAGAAAGUGGCACAGAUUCAGAAUGCCGGACUCGGGGAGUUCAGGAUACGGGACUUGAAUGAUGAAAUCAACAAGCUCAUCAGGGAAAAGGGCCACUGGGAGGUCCGUAUUAAGGAGCUGGGUGGCCCAGACUAUGGGCGCAUUGGGCCCAAGAUGCUCGAUCACGAAGGGAAGGAAGUGCCGGGAAACCGUGGUUACAAGUACUUUGGCGCUGCUAAGGAUUUGCCCGGCGUCCGGGAACUGUUUGAGAAAGAAC